AUGGCUUCCCCGAAGACAAACUUCCCCGCAAUUCGCGCCUGCAUUUUCGACAUGGACGGUCUCCUCAUCAACUCCGAAGACAUCAUCGCUCUGCUAUAG